AUGGAGUCCUAUAACCAGACCAAUGCUUUGGCGAAAGUCGUGCCGCAACAGGAAAGAGAUUUUGCCCUCGCAUCGGGAGAAGUUAAGGAUGUCAAAAGAAGAUGUUUAUCAUUGAAGCCGAAAGCGGCGAAGAAAAAAUUGGAAGCUUUAUGA